UGGAUCAACCAUGACGGUGAUUUUUCCAUGGACGACGACCUUGAUGAUCACGAUUAUGAUGAUAACGACGGUCAUGCAUGUAAUCGACGGCAGCGACAACAACCCCGUGUACUCGCCGUGCGCGGACACGAAGGUGGAGAGGUCCGACGGGUUCACCUUCGGAAUUGCCUUUGCCUCCAAGGAAUCCUUCCAACCAAACGGCACCGUUCAGCUGUCUCCUUGCGACUCUAGGCUCUCUCUCUCCUCCAAUGCCCAGAUCUCCGUUUUCCGACCCAAAGUUGACGAGAUCUCCCUCCUCUCCGUCAACUCCUCCUCCUUCAAUCCGGAUACUUAUGGGUAUAUGGUUGCGUUUGCUGGGCGAAAACAUGCUGCAAGGUCCCGUCCUACUUUUGUUGCUAAUGGUACCUACACUGUCACCAGCUUUACCCUUGUGCUUGAGUUCAACAAGGGCAGGCUGCAGGACUUGUACUGGAAAAAGGAUGGGUGCUCUAAAUGUUCAGUGAGCUUCGACUUUGUUUGUCCUCUACAGCCCCUCCGACCUCGCCACCUAGGUCGACUCCCUCCUCACCGAGUUCAACGCCAGCCUCCUCGGUUAUGCGAAUGGCGCCUCACGCGCGCGUCGCCGCCUACAAGGUUUGCUGGAGCACCGGAUGUUUCGGUUCAGACAUUAUCGUGGGAAUGGAUCGUGUCAUCAUCGACGGCGUCGACAUCUUGUUGCUUUCUCUAG